UUGCAGAGUUGUAAAUGGUGCCAUCACCUCAUGAAUCCUUUGAAUUCCUAUAAUAACGCGACAGUCCCUCGCCCGCAUGUAUUAACGUCAGGAUAAAAAGUUACAUCACAGAGAUGAAUUGCAAGGCGUUCUUCUUUGCCGCAGUGCUGACAACUACCGGCCGUUGAAGACUCAAAUCCAUGAAACAUUCUUGACAGCGAUCGGAUUUUCUGGCAUAUCGAGAAGAGCUUCCUUCUCUUCAGCAAAUAACUCUACAGCACUGGAACAAUAAACGCAGGACAAUAUGACAGAAACAAUCGUCAAACAUGAGAACAUCGAGCUAAAGUGUUUCGUCUGCAGCCGGGAAAUGCAGCAGGGCGACUUGGCCUUCUGCCUGUUCAGCGAGAGGUAUAAACCUGACGGGACUCAGGACACCGCAAUAUCGGAGGUGCUGUCGUCGAUUCUAUCGCUGGAAAUUUUAGAGGACGGUUCCCAAUCAAAGAUAAUAUGCGAAAAGUGCAACAGUCGUCUCAACAAAUAUGAGGAACUUGAACAGCAAAUGCUUGAAAUUAAGUACAAAAUUAUACAAGAUUUCAGCGUAACAUCUCGCUUGGACAAUGGUGAAAUGCAAUUUGAAAUUGAAGAGUCAUUUGAUAUGGCCAUUGAGGAACAGUUUGAGCAGCAGGUGGACAACGAUCCAAAGGAUCUCCAACCGGACCCAGAGCAAAUAGCGAACAGUGCGGAGACAUCAAAUGCCGAUCUCUUAUCUUUGCUUUCUAACCAUAAGGGUGUCUCUGAGUCUAUGGAAGACCGGAGCGUUGCUAGAAACAAUGUCGUCAUUAAGGAAGAAAAUUUAGAAUCAGAACACGAAGAAGAAGCAUACUUCGAUCCUAGUACGGGUAAUAUGGUGGAAAUAAUGACGGAUGGCAAUGUUGAUUACGAUCAAUUAAUGGAUGGCGGCACGACAGUUCAAAAUAGUAUAAUUCCUAAUUCCAGAUCCUCGCCAAACGAAAGUAACGUGGAAUGUAGUGAGGACGACAAUCUGGACACUCGGUCCUUCGUGUUUUUCAAUGGGCUGAAGUACAUGUGCUUGAUCUGCUCUUCCGAAUCAUCAGAAGAAGAGCAAACAAGCGAAUAUGAUGAUGUCGAUUCAGUUCUAAGACAUUUGAAGGACGUCCACGACGUUGUCGCUUUCAUUUGUGAAAUUUGUGGAGAGGAUUUCACAAAGCAAGAAAAUCUCUCUCAGCAUGUGCAGGAAAAGCAUGAUCAAUCUGGAAAGGAAAAUUUCAGCGCGAAAGUGGUCGAAGAACGAACUCCGUACUAUACAUUUAAUGGAGAGAAUUUUUCAUGUCUAUUAUGCCCCCCAGAUUCGGAUGCUGCCAAAACAAAGUGUGUGGCACGGACGAUGUCAGCACAUUUUAAGGCUGUCCAUAACUUGCGAGUUUACAUUUGCGAUAUUUGUGGCAUCGAUUUUAAAAAGCGGAUGGAAGUCACAGAGCACGUGGAUGAGGUGCAUGGAGGCACUGAUGAUGGCGAAUUCAUAUGUGAUACUUGCCAAAGGGUGUUCACUAAUCUGCGUCAAUUUCGCAUCCACAAACGUUUGCAUUACACUUCCACUAAAUCGUACCAAUGUAGUCAAUGCGAUAAGAAAUAUAGUUCAAAAAAUUUACUGGAUGAACAUAUGAAUAUGCACACCGGUUUACGCCCGUACAAGUGUCCUAUUUGCACCAAAGAUUUCGCCUCUAAAUACACUUUAACUGCCCACAUGAAAAUCCAUUCCGAGCGUCCAAGGCCUUUCACUUGUAAGCAGUGCGGGAAGGCUUUCUUCAGUGCCCAGAAUUUGUUGCAACACGAAAAGAUUCAUACAGGAUUGAAAGAAUUCGUUUGUGAAGUAUGCAAUAAAGCAUUCGGGACUCAGCACAAUUUAGAAGUUCAUAAAAUCAUACAUACCGGCUACAAACCAUUUAUCUGUAGAACUUGCGGCAAGGCUUUUGCUAGACGAGCGGAGAUAAGAGACCAUGAAAGAACUCAUACAGGUGAAAGACCAUUCGUUUGUGACAUUUGCAAUAUGUCUUUCGCCCAACGCUCCAAUCUCACCACUCAUAAACGAGCUACACAUUUGAAUGACAAGCGAUAUAAGUGUGAACAAUGUGACCGGUCGUUCAAACGGCGACGUUUGCUUGAUUAUCAUAUCAGAGCAUCACAUACGGGAGAGCGCCCGUAUGUCUGCGUGUUGUGCAACGCAACGUUUGUAUAUCCAGAACAUUACAAAAAACAUUUGAGGAUACAUAGCGGGGUUAAACCAUACUCUUGCGAAGUUUGUGGAAAGUCGUUUAACAGCCGCGACAAUCGUAAUGCUCAUCGCUUUAUACAUAGCGACAAGAAACCGUACGAAUGCCUCGUUUGUGGCCAGGGAUUUAUGAGAAAGCCCUUGCUUUAUACGCAUAUGCAACAAUCAGGACAUGUCAACGAUACCAUCAUCAUAAACCAGCCUCGCAUUAUGAGUGAACCAGAGAGUAAGAAGGGAGCCGACGAAAAUGUUCUAAUCGAGAUGGUGAAAGAUGAACUAGUUGAAGAACAGCUAAUUGAUGGACCAAGUCAAUAUGCCACAAGUGCCGAUGAAGAAAUCGACGGCGUUAUCGACGACGACAAUUCUAUUUCGAACGAAAUGCUCGAAGUUGAUCUCACCGAAGUUAUGAACACAGAUCAAUUUGUAGUGCGCUAUGAAGGUGAUUCGGAAGCAAUGCAGCUUGUUCAAAUCCGUACAAAAGAUGAGACUGGUAAAGAUGCUUUUGCAUGGGUAAAUCUCGUUUCCGAAAAGGAUAGUUAAGUGGUUUAGGUGUUGGAUAAGAUAUUUGCUUGAUUUUUUUGUAUGCAAUCGACUGUUGGAAAUACAGAGGACUGUUCAAGAUAAAGGAGCAGAUUGAAUGAC